GCACCUUAACAACCGCAUCCUAAUCCUCACAGGUUACCAUUUUCCAUCUUUCUGAGCGGUUUUUCCACCUAAGGUCGGGAGAAAAUGGCAGCAAUUCCAUCAAGUGGCUCCCUCAUCGCCACCCACGACUACUACAGAAGGCGCCUCGGGUCCGCCUCCAGCAACAGCUCUUGUGGUAGUGCAGAGUACACAGGGGAGGUCAUUCCACACCACCCAGGACUUCCAAGGCAAGAUUCUGGCCACUGGUGGACUUCGUUUUUUUUUGCAAAACCGAACCAGCCCGGCAUGCAGAACGGAUCUGAAAAUCAAAAAAACGGAACGUACACAGUGACCAACGGUCAGGUGACCUGCAUCGCCAGGGAAAUGGUUUUGAAAAGACAAAUCAGCGAAAGCAGUGAAAACGGAAAGUUGGAAGCAACCAGCCCUCCACCGACUUCCUCCUAGGCUCUAUUCCCCCCCCCCACAGGCCUCACAGUCACCCUCAGCUUGCUGUCUCAUUGUAGAGAGAUGGAGAUGAUGGCGGUGAUGAUGAUGGCGUUUGCUCUUUAGCCACUGGAGCUUGCUUUUCAUAUUUUGCCUCUGUAUAGUUUAUUUUUAUUAUGACCAAAAGCUUAAAAACAAAAAAAAGUAUGUAAAAAGUUUUUUCAUUUUGUCCUUUUUUGUGACUUGACACUGUUAAUAAUAAAUACAAUGCUUGCAGUCAUUA